CAGAGCAUCAGCCUUGGAGACCAGGACACCGUCCAGCUCUUACUGGACAGCUACAAUACCCAGUACGCAGAGUGCUUCUUUUUCAAUACUGAGGUACAAGAGAGAAAAAAGAGUGGAGCCACACUCCUGACCGUCUCCCCUCAAACAUUCCUCAAACCAGCAGACCAGGGACCUGGAAUUGUAAUCCAAAAAAGCCCUCCGAAGGAACCAACUCCCCCACUGCCCAACAUGAACUCCUGUUCACAGAGAUUCUCCAAGGAAGGGAGACUCUGGCACAUUUAUCCCAGAGCAAAUGGCAGCAGAACCACCAACCCCCAUGAAGCCCAAGACGAGUGAUGGACAACAAGUCCCAAGAACCAACUGGAACCAGAACCAACACCCCCCAUCCCACCAGCUCCCACUUACAGCUUUGUGGCAUAUGUUGCAGAUGCCAGAGGUUUUCUUCUGAGUGCAGAGUCUGUACACCUGGCACUGCCUCCUUUUUGAGCUUGCUACACUUUUGAGUCUUGAUGGCUUAAAUUUCCAUCAUGUUCCAGCUGCCUUCAUGACUGUCUAACUUCAAUCGUCUCCCUGCAGCAGAACGUCUGGAACAGAGCAUGGUUGCUAUAAAACAAGACAAUGAGCAACCUCCAUGUGCAGUCCUCUACUAAGCAUUUUCUUGUCAUCUGAUUGAGAAUGUUUAUACUGUAUUUUUGUCAUUGUAAUACUGGACAAACUUCGGCUUUGCUUUCGGUUAUCAAUAAUGUCCAUAUCCAUGGCCACAGUUUUAAGAAUAUGUAAAUGCGCAAUACCAGAGUUGUUGAGAACAACACCACCUGCUGUUUGGUGAAGGCAUCACACAGUCAUGCAUGUUGACUUUACUUUUUAUCAAAAUGGAUAAAUGUCAUAAUCUCUUUGAAUCUAUUUUUGGACAUCCAUUUUUAUGACCAGACACUAGCCAAGUCCAAAAUGUCAAUAGUAGAAUGUCACCACUUCUUUGUUUUUGUCUGUUCUUUAUAAAUCUUACACGUAUUUUUUUUUCUUUUUUAUACGUCUGUUGCUGUUCAUUCUCGGACCACCUGUCUGUAGCAACAACGACUGAAAGAGUUUAGAAAGAACAAAAUAAGGGACUGUGCUUCAAACUCUGAUUCGGACAUUGACUCAGAUGAAGAGAUGCCGAAUUUUCUUCUCAGAGAGGAUCUGGCUGCAGCCUUGCUGUGCUUUGUUGGUGGUCAAUUGCAGCCUGCAGUGCUAAGAGCUUGUCUGCAUACUCUGCGAAUCCUUUCUCGUGACCGUAGAGCUCUGGGACCAAUGGUCACUGAUAGCGCCCUUCUCACCUUGACACACCUGGGAGGUAUCAAUCUUCUGCAGCCCAGCCAGGAUCAGGACAAGACAAAAAUUCAAGAUCAGUGUGACAGAACACAAACACAGAUCCAUGGAAAAGAAGCAAGUGGGUCUAAUGGAGCAGCAGAUUCCGAUCAGAGAUGUGCAGUUUCUUUUUCAGAGUGUCACUCCUUUAACCGGCGAGGGAAUGUAGGGCACUUUGUGCUUGCUCCUGGGAAAAAAGACACCCGGGAAGAUGACAGUGAGGAAGAAGGGAAAGUGGAUGACGGGGAGGUGUGCAAGAAGGAGGCCAUGAAAGUCUUGUGUAAUAUAAUCUACAACAGUCCCCAGGCACGGGAGAGAGCCAGCGCACUGAGGCUUCUACAGGGAUUAUGGGAGAGUCUGAAGCAGGGAAUCUGGAGUGGGCCACCCCCUACUGGCCAGUUUUACAAACUGAGGCUUCUCUUCUUACUAACAGCCCUGAGGCCUGAGCUCAGGCUGCAGCUGCAGCAGGAGCGUGGGGUGUUGGUUCUGACCUCAGCCUUGGAGCAGUGCCUGGUCUUGAGAUGGGCCGACGAAAAUCAGCUGAUCACUUACAGCACUUCCCCUCCUGUCUCCAAGGAGGUGUCCCAGGAUGUUAUUGAGAUUCUCAAGACCAUCUUUAACGUUGCUCACAGGUUCUACAGGCAGGAACCUGACGAGGAGGAAGCUACUUUAUAUCGCCGGCUGGCAGCUGUCUUACGCCACUGUCUGCUGCUGUCAUGUGAUGGAGCAGACACAAUGGAAGAACUACAAGGACAUACAGUAAACAUCCUGUCAGCUCUGCCCCUGACCUGCCUGGAUGUCUUGCUGGCUGUCCCUGUGGGACAGGCGUCUCAUAAGUAUGAAGGUGUCAACAUGGACUGUGUACACGCAUUGCUACUCUUCAUGGACAGACGACUGAACAGGGGUCAGAAGCUGAAAGAGAAGCUGACUCCUGUUCUAAGUUUAUUGACAGAGAGUUCUCGGUUUCACAGGGAAACACGUCACUAUUUAAGGCAAAAGAUCUUACCUCCUCUGAAGGACGUUGCUGUUCGGCCUGAGCAGGACAGUACACUCAGAGGCCAGCUCGUCCGCCUGAUGACACAUGUUGACACUGAUGUUAAGGACUGUGCAGCGGAGCUGCUGUUUGUGCUUUGCAAAGAAAAUGUAAGUCGCUUUGUUAAAUACACUGGUUACGGGAAUGCUGCAGGGCUACUGGCAGCUCGGGGUCUGUUGAAUGGCAGGAGGAACUCUGGGGACGGCCAGUUUGCCUCCCGCUACUCCAGCGACUCUGACUCAGACACAGAGGAGUACCGCCAAAUCAGAUCAAAGAUUAACCUGGUGACAGGCAGGGUGGAGGCAGAGCAGCCCGACCCUAUGGAAGGCAUGACAGAAGAAGAGAAGGAGGAAGAGGCAUGUCGUCUCAUCUGCAUGAUCAACAGACUAUCACAAGACCAAAUUAUUCAGCCAAUGGGUGUGACAAGAGAUGGGAGACUUGCUCCUCUUUGGGGCCAUAUGAGGAGCUGCACAGAAGAAAAAGAAGAGGAGGAAGAGGAGAAUGAAGAGGAGGAACAGGGUUUGAGUUCAAUACCACAAGGAUUGAAAGACAAAACAAUGAAAUAGCAAAAUAUUUUCCUGCUACACUCCGAAAUGAACAAACAAGUAAGAGAAAGCUAUUGUCAUUUCUUUAUUGGGGCCCUCUUAUCCUACACUUUGUUCUCUUUAAUAUUUAUUUUUGUUCCAUCUUAAUGAGGCCCAAACCACUGGGUGCAAACCCACAAAAUAUACAUCAAAAUGUGCGGCCCACUCUCAAGAAGGGAGUUAUUACUUCUGUUGCCAUUUCGACUUCCAUGAUAAACAUGGCGGCAAACUAUGGCUUUGAAUUACAAUGGAAAAGCAUGGUCCCUACAAAAUAAAAGCUUUCAAAUUUUACUCAGCAAGUAAUUGCUACUAGGGGUUUUGUAUGACUAGUAUAACCCAACCACUGUUACACAUGGGAUUGGUAUGGCCUUUUAAAAUUAAGCUUACUAAAAAUUUCAAAAUAAAAGCCUCUUUGUUCUUUACCUACUCUACAUUUUAAGUUGAGAAAACUGUUCAAUGAGAUAUUGGGUUAGAACCGAGACUCCAUGAUUGUCAGUGCACACAUUCUAAUGGUACGUUCAACAUGCUAGUAUUUUAUCAUGCAAGUGAUAGCUGCCACAUUUAAGUUACUAUGUUAGCUGGGUCUUAUGUAAAAGCAAAGCUGUACAUACUAAAUGGAGUAUGUCGAUGUUAAUCAACAUGCUGGUGAUAAAGCAUACAUCCAAGAAGUGUCUACAUGCUAGUUGCUCAACAUGAUAGACCUCAUGCUAACAUUAGUCCUAUUGCUAAAGUAAGAAUUUUAGAUGAUUUUGAACAUUUAUUACAUAUGUUUAUCAUAAUGAAUGUGAUAAGUCAAUGUAAGUCGACAUACAAGUGAUGCCGCCCAUGCUACUGACAGCAGUUAAGAUAACCUUAUAAUUUAAGCUAAUUUUAUCUCAUAAACUAAUGUUUGCACACUGACUGGAGUAAUUUUAUAUUAGUUAACAUGCUAGUAAUAGCCCUCAUCCUACUGAUAGUAUCAACAUGUUAGUCAGUCAUUAUGCUUGUAAUAGCCAUCAUGCUAACAUUAGCCUGAGUUUUUUUUAUUUUAUUUUUAUAUUUAUUAGGUAUUUUUAGCAAACUGAAUGUAGUAAGUCCAUGUAUGUCAGGAUAUUGGUAAUAUCACACAUUCUAAUGACAGCAUAUGUGGUAAUCUUACCAUUAUAAUAUUUUUUAGCUUAUAAUGUUUUGCAUAUUGAAUGGAGUAGUUAUGUUAGUCAAUAUGCUAGUGAUAACACUCAUCCGAAUCGUGGUAUCAAAAUGCUAGUCACUUGAUAUGCUAGUAACUUUCAUGCUAACAUUAUCAUUGUAUCUAAAAUAAACAUUUUAGAUAAUAUUUGAUUUAUGAGCUGUUUUUCAUCAUCAAUGGAUUAAGUCAAUGUAAAUUAAUAUCCUGUUGAUCUCACAUGUGCUACUGCCAGCAUUUAAGCUAAUUUUAGUAUAUACACCAAUGUUGUCAUACAGAAUAGAAUAAGACUAUGUUAGUCAACAUAAUAAUGAUACUCCACAAACUAUUGACUUCAUUUUAGUUCGCCUUAGGAUUGUUACUAAUUUUAAGCAUCAGAACACCAGGUUUAAAUCGACACACAUUCUUUGGCAGAACCCUUUUAAAUUUUUUCAGAAAUGUUCUAGUUUCAGGAUAUUAUUCUGCAAGAUGCUUUUGCUUCUUCCUAUUUAAAGAUUUUUAUUCACAGACUUAAAUCUGAGUGAUUAUUCUGUUGCUGCAUCUACAGCAAGUCAGAUAAUGUGUCAAUGAUGUCAGAAGGAAAGAAAAAUUAAACAUGUAAAAAUGACUAUUUUCAACUGAAUUCAUAUUUUCUGUUUGCAUUCAGACUGUAAAGGUCUUUAGAAAUGCCGUGUGUUCAUCUGAGCUGUUUACACAGUGUAAAUUAUCUAUGCUGGUUUCCACACCAAAGGUAAUACAAUGAAGUUCCUUUAAAUAGUUUUCUGUAUUAGUCAUGUUUUUUUAAUUGCUAUUUUGUGCAACUUAAUUCUAUCCACUUAUUGUUUAGCAUUUCUCUUGGAGAAUAUUAAAUGUUAGAAAGUGAGAAAAUGUGUCCAAAACUUGUAACCAUUAUUGGGUUUUGUCUUAUUUGAAUAUUAUGAAUUUAAACUCUUUAACUCCCAUAUUGUGAUCGAUAUGUGAAAACAUGGAAGGUUUUAUCAAAACUAGUAAUACUCACUUUUUCUUCCCAUGACCUUUCCAUCCUCUUUCAACCUAUACUCUAUCUGUUUCACUUUCAGUCAAGAUUAUCUCUAAUGUGGGCCAACCCCCCAGAUUUUAUUUAUUCCUCCCUGCUGGUUUCACGUCAGAAUCCUCCCCUAUUACUCACUUUCAGGAUCCAUUUCUCAGAAUGCCUCCCCUGUUUUUCUGGGUGUGUGUUCCUGUUUUACUCUUACUCAGAGAAUGCUUCCAGAUCAAGAUGAUUACAUUGUUCUUUAAAAUAAACUCUUUCAAAUGUACCGCUGUCCACCUGAGCAAACUGUGCAUGUGGCUCAGAACCUAAAACCACAACUCUGCUAUAAUAUGGAAAACAUGAAGUCAAGAAAGAGAAAAAAUCUCAAAUAAUUUUUCUAUUAAAAAAAACAGACAUGGCAAAAAUAAAGCACAUUUCAAUGACAGAACUGUCAUAUGAAACAUAAACAGACGUUAUCAUUUAGGUUUGUCCAUUUAUUGUAUCGUUUAUCAUUCAUCACGAUAAAUUUUGUAUCAGAAUAAGAAUUUUAUUUAUUCUGUUAAAAUUUUAUUUUGUGAUGAUAAAUUCCAACUAAUACUGUUUUAAAUCCCCCUCAAAUUUCCCUUAUUGGGAUUGAGACUUUUACUGUUUUCUACACGGUUUGUAUAAUGAAAGAAGUGUGUUACAAAUGGGAAUGAUUUUCAAGAGCAGUAUUUGUGUUUGUGGUUCUACAAUUGCUAUCACACAAAGUCACAACUGUACAGUUAUCUAAAAAAGAAAUAACAAAUAUGUCUUACUUUCACGUUGAUUGCAAAAUAUCGUAAUAAAAUUAAGUCCAAUUUG